AUGUUUCUAGUGUUGGCGAUUCCAGCGAAUCCCGCUACAAGCAGCUCCGAUAGCAGGUUCGGUUCCAGCACGAGCAACGACUCCACAGCCAGCAGCAGCAGCAGCAGCAGCAGCGGCAGCGGCGGCAGCGGCGGCAGCUCCAGUACCUCUAGUCCGGGUCGCGCGGACGAUGAUGUCAGCAGCGGCCGUGGCGAGAAUGCGCUUGGCCCCGAGUUUGCCGACGGGGGUGGCGCGCAGUCGACGGAGAGCGCGGGAGGAGGUAGCGCGGAGGAAAGAUUGCGCGGGAGAGCGUCGGCGCAGAGGAUGUGGUUCGGCGCGCGCGCAGCGAGGGGCGCAAGGAGGGUUGCGCGCCGCGCGGAAGGGGCAGAAGGGGAGGCGCAGGGAAGGAGCAGGAGCAGGACAAGGGGGGGCGUGCGGAGAGCUGCGGCGGAAUCCGCGAAUGCGCAUGAGGGGGACGAUGAGGGGGAACGGGGGAAUGGGCGUGUGAACGGGGGAGCGGAACAAGGGGCGAGUGAAUGUAAUGAUCAGCGUCCGCUAUCUGUGGUGAUACAUGGGCCUGGUUCGUCGUUCUUUGUUGGAACGCAGGUUGUUUAUAACGGGGAUGGAGGCCAAGGGCGUGACGCGAGCAAUAGGGAACGUAGCAAGAGUAGAAGUCCCGUUAAAGAGCUGAAGGAGAAGCACAAGAUUGAUGCCGAUACAGGGGCUUUUAACGGGGAUGCAGGAGCAUCCCCGGAGUGUAUUAUAUUAGAGAAAUCCUGCAGCGUUUCCUGCCACGCUGAGGCGCAUAACGGGGCCGCUAUAAACGCGUAUUAUGACCCGGUGGAAGGCAGCCACGCAAUGGGAGGGGAGGAGAGUGACGGCAGCUGUAGCAGCUAUUGUAGCAGUUACUGCAGUGACGACAGCAGCUGUAGUAACGAGGGAGGCAAGGGCGACGGGCUUAGAGAGAAACGCACUGGCGGAGGAGGCGGGGACGGGGGCGAAUUUAUAGACUUCCAUUUUGUGAGCGCGUCAGGCGAAUCAGAGGGCUCCACGUGGAUAGAGGCGGUGCACCUGGUGCUGCCACCUGUCAUCCCGCGCUCCUCCUCCCAGGCCACGUUGGACGCGCUACAGGCGCCAAACGGCACAGCUGGCAUGGAGCCUAUACUGGACGCUAAAUGGGAGGCGCGUUUCAAGAGGACCAAGCGGGUCUUCACGUGUCUGCUGCUGUUAGGAUGCCUCCUCUACAUCGCCGCCUUCCUCUCUGGUAUCAUUGUCAACAGCACCACUGGCGCCCCUGCUGCUGCAAACACCACCAACGGCAACCCCGCUGCUGCUGCUCUUCCUUCACAUGCAAGCAGCAGUGGCGGCAGUGGCAGCAGCAUCAGCAGCAGUUUUGGUGGGGUUGCUGGCACCAGUUUUGGUAGCGAUUACUCUCCCGACAUUCCGCCUACCGAUCAUACUUAUGUCACCAGCAGCACCAGCGGCAGCACCAGCGGCACCAGCAGCAGCACCAGCAGCACCAGCAGCAGCAGCAGCAGCGGCAGCAGCAGCAGCAGCAGCAGCAGUGUCGGUGGCGGUGCUGGCAGUUUUGAUGGCGAUUAUCAUCCUGACAUGUCGCUUAAUGGGUACAGUUACCUCGCUGACAGCAGCACCACCAGCAGCACCACCAGAAACACCAGCAGCAGCAAUGGCGGCAGUCCCAGUAGUAACAUUCCCAGCAACAACACCACCACUGGUGAUGGUAGCACUGGCAGUGGUGGUGAUGGUGGUAGCAGUGGCAGUGGUGGUGGUGAUGGUGGUAGCAGCCGGGAUAAUGUGCCAAUUGCUGCCCUUCUUGAUGGCAUGGCAGCAUCCAUGCUCACUUCACAAACCCUCUGGGUUGCCAUGUCAUACCUCAUUCUGUACUUGGUGAUUGCAAGCCUUGGCUUGGCUGGUGCUCAUUACAACAACGUGAGCAUGAUGACCCUGUACAUCUUCAUCCAGACUACAGUGACAAUCAUAUCAGUCCUCGAUUCCAUUCGUCCUUUCCUCCUCUUCUGCAUCCUGCUGAUAAUUCUCGCUAUCCACAUCAGAUUCCAUAUGCUUUCUAUGGAGCUAGCAGAGCGGCGCUUGCUUGCAAGGCUGGUAGGCCGGUCUGCUCCUCCUCCUCGCACUGACACCUGGCCUCACCGGUUGAGAAUGUUUCCUGGAAGUUUCUCGGACAUGCUGAGGCAUACCCCUGUGUCUCGAUUCAGACUGAGUGGGGACCCUUGGUAUCAGGAGAUUGUUGUGCGGUACAGAGCGAGGAGAGCGGAGGAGGAGAGGGAGGGGGUGCGAGAGAGGAAUGAGAGGGGGCGACGGGGAGAGGAGGAGGGAGGAGUGUCGCCUGGUAGGAAGGAUGUAAGCCGGACUUCCAGGGAGUUGAGUGACGGUGGUGGUGCUGGCGGUCCGUUCAACGUGUUCCCUGCACAGUCCUACCUCAACGUCUUCAACUUCAACAUCCCCCUGCCUCGCCUGCCUCAGCUGCCCUUCCCCUUCAAGGAUAAGUUGAAGGACAAGUUCAAUAAGUUCCAUAAGUCGCCUCCACCCUCCCCUCCUCCUCCAUCUCCCCCUCCUCCAUCCCCUUCCCCUCCUCCUCCUUCCCCCCCUCCACCCAAGAAAAAGUCUCCUCCCCCUCCCAAGAAGUCCCCUCCUCCUCCCGAGAAAAAGUCCCCCCCUCCCCCAGUACACAAGUCGCCUCCGCCACCCGAGAAAAAGUCGCCCCCUCCGCCCGAGCACAAAUCUCCUCCGCCACCCAAGCACAAGUCGCCCCCUCCGCCGGAGCAUAAGUCCCCUCCACCGCCCGAGAAAAAGUCGCCGCCGCCGCCGCCACCCAAACACAAGUCUCCUCCUCCGCCUGAGCACAAGUCCCCCCCUCCCCCCGAGAAGAAGUCCCCCCCUCCCCCCGAGCACAAAUCACCCCCUCCGCCCAAGCACAAGUCCCCUCCUCCACCCGAGAAAAAAUCCCCUCCUCCGCCUGAGCACAAGUCACCCCCGCCCCCCGAGAAAAAGUCACCGCCUCCACCCGAGAAAAAAUCUCCUCCUCCGCCUGAGAAAAAGUCCCCUCCUCCGCCCUCUCCCUCUCCUCCUCCUCCUCCCCCUCCACCCCGCAAGCCAUCCAAAAAGGAUCACCUCCUCAUAAUCCUCCUGAAAGGCGCGGCCGUUCUCGUGCGCAAGGCACAUGCCAUCCUCCCCCCUGGCAACGACUCUCAGAAGGAGGACCUGUGGGAUGUGGUGAAGGCACUGAGUGAUGCAGAAGUGCUGAUCAAUGAGGGGAGGCGGGAGCUGGUGCGGGAGCAGUUGGAUAACAGUGUGGUGACUUUGGAGGAGGUGGGAGGGAAGCUGCAGGGAGGGUGGGUGCAGGACCAAGCUGCAGGGGGGUUGAUUGGCCUGGCUCGCGUGGAGAUCAUGAAAGCUCAGGCGCUGUUUCAGGAGUGA